AUGCCUGAAUAUGAGGAUGACGACAUAUAUGUUAGGGAUGCUGACACCUAUGACAGGGUUAAUGACACCUAUGACAGGGAUGAUGAAAACUAUCACAGGGAUUGUGACACCUAUGACAGGAAUGAUGACACGCAUGACAGAGAUGACGACACAUAUGACAGGGAUGACGACACCUAUGACAGGGAUGAUGACACCUAUGACAGGGAUGACGACACCUAUGACAGGGAUGAUGACACCUAUGACAGAGAUGAUGACAUUUAUGACAGGGAUGAUGACACCUAUGACAGGGAUGCUGACACAAAUGACAGGAAUGAUGACACCUAUGACAGGGAUGAUGACGUCUAA